AUGGGGAAAUUAACAAAAGAGGAGAAGAAAGCUUUAAAAGAAGCUAAAAAGCAACAAAGAUUAUUUGAAGCCGAAAUGGCGCGACGUCAAAGAGAAAUGGAUCAUUUGGAACGAGAGUUAGGCUUUACUAGACGUAGUCAACAAUUAAUGAAUAAAAAAUUUCGUGAUGAACUAAUGAAAAUUGCAAUUAAGAAAUUUCGAGAAAAUGCAGAAACAGCAUGGGCACAGUUUAAUAAAGCGAUUGAUUGUAAAGAUUAUGCAAUUAGUUUGAAAUUAGAAGAAGUUGAUCAAUCGAGCGAACAACAUAUGACAAAUUUUACAGGACAUGCGGAACAAAUUGAUAAAUUUCUUCAUUUAUUGCAAGGUCGAAUCGGUGAUUUACGACAACAAUAUUCAGACGAUUUACGUCAUUUAACAUCAAUUAGUACAGAAAUAUUCAAUCAAAUCAAACAACAUCAAUUUGAGACUGAUGAAUAUUUACGAAGAAUGGUAUAUCAAUUAGAUGUUGGUGGGAAAAAUCUAAUAAAAAAUUUAGAUACUGAACAUCAAAAUAAAAUGGAUGUAGAAGAUAAUAAAGCUAGCGAAGUUACUGAACACAUCCAUAUAGACCUGGAGCGGAAAAUGGACGUGUAUUGGACUGCAUAUAAGGAUACACUCAAUGCAUAUGCUGCACACGUUGACGAACGUAAAAGCGAAUACAAGCGGUUGAUAGCACAAGAUUCGAAAAACAGUGCACACAUUUCGAAACAAAUAGAUAAAACUGCUUUCUUAUUUGACCGUUUAAGGCGAUUAAAAGAGCGUGCGAUAUUGGUGGAAGGAGAGCAAAGAGCUAAAGUUACAGAUUUAUCUAAUGAACGUAAAAUAUAUGCAGAUACAUUUGUAUCAUUACGGAAUCGUUUAAUAAAAGCUCGGCGAACUGACACUAAUGCAUUGACAAUAUUAUCCGAAGAAUGUAAUACGACCAUUGAUUAUUUAAGGAAUUUAUACAAAAAAGGUGAACAUUUAUUGAAUGCAGCAACGGUUUGCCUAAAAUUAGAAAAACAACAAGAAAAAGUUUUGCCAUUUCGAUAUUAUGAAUACAAUAAAGAACGUGCAAGCUUACAGGAAAAUGAGUCACUAACACUAAAGAGUAAAUAUUCCUUACCAGAAAUGGAACAAUUUUUCUCUCGUGUAGGACAAGUAAAUAUUGAUCGUAUAGCUUUACAAGAGGAACGUGAACAUUUAAAGCGUGAAAAUAGAUUAUUAAGAAAGAAGAUUCAAGAUUAUUAUGACAGUGCAGCAUACGUGAAUCCAUAUUUAGAUCCUCCAAAGCCACGUCAUAAAUACAAAAAAUGUCAUGGGUUUCAAUUAUCACCAAUUAAUAUAAUCAAUGCUGCUGAUAUUGUGAACAAUUUAUUAUAA